UCUACCGGACUGGCUGCUGUCGUGUGGCGAAUCGAGGAGGUUGAUCGGCAAUAUACUCGAUAUCUGACCAAGUAAGAGCGAAGAUAAGAAACGUUAGCAAAGCUGGUGAAACUAGAGCCUCUUUGCUUCAGUGCUUUGUGCCUCAUAUAGCACGCCUAUACGAACGGUCACACCUCGUUUGAACACCGCAUUGGGUCAAUGCCGAACAUGAAGAGAAUCAUCAAAUAUCUACAGGAUCAAGCGGUCUCAACAUCCCAAGAAAAGUAUAAUGGGUCAGCCUAUCUCUCGCCAUCGACCAAAGAGCCGCAGCAGCGAGUCCGCCAUCGCGGCCAGUUACAGAAGAACGGAGGGCAGCACAACGUUGCAGAGAGGCCUCCUCCAGCGUACACCACCGCCACCCCAGAUACCAGAUUCAACACGUCCAACAACGUACAGACAAAAGCCACCCGCCAUCAAUACGCGCAAGACAACAUUCUGCAAUCGUACGACUUGUACAUCCCCGAGAACGCACCCAGCCAGGGCUAUUGGAUCAUCUACAUCCAUGGAGGCUACUUUCGUGACCCGAAAGUGACCUCGACGUCCUUCCUGCCUGCACUGGCCUUACUGGCUUCUUCGUCGGUCGCGAACGAGGUUGCCGGCUACGCCUCAGUCAACUACCGUCUUUCCAAGCACGAACGAUACCCACAAGACGAAACGACCACGCCGGCAUAUGAACUCCGCAACGCACUUUGGCCGGAGCACUUCGACGACGUGCGCGCCGCGAUCGCGCACCUGCAGUGCAAAUACUCUUUCGGCUCAAAGUAUUUGCUUGUCGGCCACAGUGUUGGCGCGACCAUGGCGCUAUUAUACACGCUGGGUGCGAUCACGCGGAACGAGACCGAGAUACCACCACCAAGGAUUGUCCCGCCGGCAGCUGUGCUAGGUGUAAGCGGAAUUUACCACUUUGAGGCCUUACACAAGUCGUUCCCAGCUUACAUCGAUAUCACGAGGAAUGCGAUCCCGAACCCCCAGGAUCAGGUGAUGGCAAGUCCCGCAAUACGUCCCACUUCCGAGUUUAGGACCAAAGCGAUAAUCCUGGCUCAUUCACGCGACGAUGGGCUCGUCGAUUGGCAACAGGUCGAGCUUAUGAAGCGUUUGUUUGAACGGAAGCCCCACGAAGGAGGUACUGUGAAGAGUGUUCGAGUGGUCGAGAUCCAUGGGAAGCACAACGAGAUCUGGGAGAAGGGCACUGAGUUGGCACGCGCGAUCGAGGAGGCGCUCGCUGACAUACGGAAGAUCGAGGCAAGUGGGUGAAGAAGUGGUCUACCAUGGAGGAUGACCUGUGACGAUGACAUGAGUGAUGAAAUAUCGGUGAAAAAGGUCUUGAUUUCGUCCUAGAUGAUUGCUCUUCCUUUCUCUUUUCGGACUUUCCGCAUCUGAUAUGCAGGUCACCAGUCUCUUUUUCGCUCCUCUGACAUCUACAGACAGCUUUCCCGCCCAAAGGAUCACCCCAAAUCCGCACGGAUCUUGCGCAAGAUGUUCGA